AUGGGACUAGAUACUAUAAAACCCUACUCCACCACCGUCCUCCGCUUCUCAUUCCUCAUCACCACCUUCCUCUUCUUCUCCUCCGCCACAUCCACCACCGCUCUCAAAAUCGCCCGUCCACUCAAUAAACUAACUCGCCCAGUCGUCAUCCUCAUUUCCGUAGACGGGUUCCGAUUUGGGUACCAGUUUAAAACCCCAACACCCAACAUCCAUCGACUAAUCAAAAAAGGAACCGAAGCUGAAACCGGAUUGAUUCCAGUUUACCCAACCUUAACCUUCCCAAAUCACUACUCAAUCGCCACCGGAUUAUACCCAGCUUAUCAUGGAAUCAUAUUAAACAGAUUCACUGAUCCAACUACAGGCGAUAACUUCACAACGAGAAGUCGUGAACCCAAAUGGUGGUUGGGCGAACCCAUAUGGGAGACCAUCGCGAACCAAGGGCUCAAAGCGGCGACAUAUUUCUGGCCUGGGUCCGAUGUAAAAAAGGGUUCUUGGGAUUGUCCUGUGAAUUUCUGUCCACUCUAUAACGCUUCAGUUCCGUUUGAAGAACGCGUCGAUACUUUUCUCCAUUAUUUCGAUUUGCCAAAUGAAGAAAUUCCUGUUUUCAUGGCGUUAUAUUUGGAGGAUCCUGAUUCUCAAGGUCAUCUAGUUGGCCCUGAUGAUCCUCAAAUUACAGAAGCUGUUAGUCACAUCGAUGGGUUGAUUGGUAGAUUGAUUAACGGAUUGGAAAAACGUGGGAUCUUCGAAGAUGUUACUAUAAUUAUGGUUGGCGACCAUGGAAUGGUAGGUACUUGUGAUCAAAAGUUGAUAUUUUUAGACGAUUUAGCUUCUUGGGUCAAGAUUCCGGAAGAAUGGGUAAAAUUUUAUUCUCCUGUGUUAUCUAUUCGUCCACCUUCUAAUCAAUCCCCUUCUGAAAUUGUCGCCAAAAUGAACCAAGGAUUGAGUUCAGGGAAGGUUAAAAAUGGCGAUAUAUUGAAAGUUUAUCUCAAAGAAGACCUUCCUGCAAGGCUGCACUAUUGGGAAAGUGAUAGGAUUACUCCAAUCAUCGGGUUAGUUGAUGAAGGGUUUAAGGUUGAGCAAAAGGACUCGAAGAGUAAGGAAUGUGGAGGUGAACAUGGAUAUGAUAAUGCAUUUUUUUCGAUGAGAUCGAUUUUUAUUGGUCAUGGUCCUCGAUUUGCUAGAGGUAGAAAGGUACCAUCUUUUGAGAAUGUUCAAAUCUACAACUUAAUCACUUCGAUCCUUAACAUAAAUGGUGUGUGGUUCGUUUCCAUUGUGUAA